ACUAGCAGUCACCGCUCAGCUGUUCAUUCUGGCGCUCUUUCCCUUUUCUUGUUAAUAGCACUUUUUAUAAGAUUUCUGGCUUUAAACAAAAAAUGUCCCAAGCUGGCGGGGAUGUGCCGGCGCCGAGAAAGAUCCUGGGCAGUGUGGAAUACAUGCGGAUUUGCCAGUUCAUCAAUGGUUACCAUGGCCUGGCUAUCGACUGCGAAUACGAGCUGCGAAAUCGCUUCUUCAAGGAAGUCGAACCGAUGGCUCUGACCUGUAUCCUCCAGUCGGAGCUCUUUAACCGGUCGCGAGGUCAGCACUGGAAGAACGAUCAUCGUGGCAAGAAGCUGCUGAAGGCUUACGAGGAUCAGAAAGAACUUUAUGACAACGAUCUCCUAAUCCAAAUGGCCUGUGCCGAGGGAAUAAAUCCCAUUGCCCUUUGCCGGACGCUGCUACAAGAAAAGUACAAGCUGAAACACAGAUCGCACAUCUCACGAAUGCUCAAGCAUCCGCAUCUCAUCGAGGACCCUAGGCUGGCGGCCAAUGUCCAGCAGUGCAUGAUAAGCGACAAUCAGGAGGGACCCAUUACGGAUCUGCGUCGCCGCAUAAUAGGCGAGGAAUAUGAACUGAAGCUCAAGGAGCUGGCCAAGGAGGCGGGUAUACAUUUUUACGAUGAACAUGAUCUGCGGCGCAUGGGUUAUGACAAGACGCCGGAUAUUAAGAUGAUACUGCCAUUUCUCUACAAAGGCUCGGUGAUAAAUUGGAUUGAGAGCAAGGCCAAUUUUGGGGAUACCAAGGGCCACAAGUUCAACAUUCAACAGCAGUUGCAUAGCUACUGCAAUCGCUUUGGUCCUGGCCUCAUCAUCUAUUGGUUUGGCUAUCACGAGGAGACGCCCCACCUGCCGGAUAAUAACAUAGGUAUCACAGUUCUGGCUGAUUUUCCUGCCAAAGAGGAUUUGGUAUUUAUGCAGAUUACACAAGGGGAAUCCCCGCCAGCUGAAACUGGAGCAACGAAAGGGGAAUUCAAACAAACAGCAAAUCCUGACAAUGAACUCACGAAAUCCUCAUAAAAGCAGAAAAAUUAAACGAAUUCGGAGACACAGGAAAUAGUCCUAUAUUUCGCUCUAAGUAAUAUUUUUUACCAAUUGAACGAUAUGUGCUUUUGUACAUGAAAAACAAGAUGAACUCUCAUAUUUGUAAUUAUUAUUGUUAAUACAAUUAUUGGAAUGACAAAAUGCCUUGCAUUUUAACAAUAGAUUUUAAGACAAAACCAGUUACAUUUUUUUUAAACAGUUUUUUUUUCUCUUUUUAUUGUAUUUAUAAAUUCUCAUGUACAUGAUUUACUCAAUUGUUUAUAUAGUACAAAAAACAUUGGUUUUCUUUCACAAAAAUCGUAUAUAAAACUAUAAAAUCUUGUAAUAAUCGUUGUUUCAAAAAGAAAACCAAAUCAAAUAUCAAAACAGAGCAGCGAGAGAGUCGUAAUUAUUGUUAAUGUCUCUUCUUGUCGUUGGAUGGGCUAGCUGAUAAUAAUAAAAAAAAACUUGGAAAUGAAAAA